GGAGCAGUAAUUACUAAAUCAUUACAAUACGAAGGGGAGUGACGCAGUUGCUGAAAACCAAAAGCUUCCCGCGUAAGACCUGAAAAAACCUCCGUAAAUCUCUUCCGGGUGUCCGGCCACAAAUCUCAGAAACAACGCAGAGGACAUCGCCGGUUGUGUGGACUGGGGCUGUAUGUGCCAUUCGUUGCGCUCCUUGAGAUUCGGGUGCCAUUCCGGUUGGAGGUUGCGGUCAUCCGCGAGGACUCGAUGCGAUAACCAGAGCGAGACAUGCCGCAGCCUAAGUCACGAAAGCUCGCCAUCCUCGGAUACCGAUCCGUAGGAAAAUCCUCUUUGACCAUUCAGUUUGUCGAGGGCCAGUUUGUCGACUCCUAUGACCCCACAAUAGAAAAUACGUUUACUAAGAUGAUCACGAUAAAUGGACAAGAAUAUCAUCUCCAGCUGGUGGACACGGCAGGACAGGAUGAAUAUUCCAUCUUCCCUCAGACGUACUCCAUAGAUAUAAAUGGCUACAUCCUAGUCUAUUCCGUGACAUCCAAUAAAAGCUUUGAAGUGGUCCAAGUGAUUCAUGAAAAACUGCUGGACAUGGUGGGGAAAGUUCAAGUUCCCAUCAUGCUCGUUGGAAACAAAAACGAUCUGCACAUGGAGAGAGUAAUCAGCUGCGAAGAGGGGAAAGCAUUAGCAGACUCUUGGAACGCUGCCUUCAUGGAAUCCUCGGCCAAAGAAAACCAGACGGCCGUGGAGGUUUUUCGCCGGAUGAUCUUGGAGGCAGAGAAAAUGGACGGCGGCGCACAGCCUGGCAAGACGUCCUGCGCCAUCAUGUAGGGGGCCAGCCACAACUGAUGUGACUACACAUAUAUCAGGGAUGAGAAUUUUCCGCGGAUCUGCGCAUUUCCGUGUUUUUUUCCGUCGAAAGUAUCAUGCCUCUGUAAACCUAACUCACUGGCAGCAGUGAUGCGACAACAUCCGCCUUACUUUCGGCGGCAUUUCGGCGCUACUUUCGUCACAUCAUUUCCACUUGUUAACUUAACUUACGUGGAGAACUAGUGUUUUGACACCGCCACAAUGUGAAUUUGCGAUUGGGUUUUCAUCACUUGUAGACGAGUUAUUUAGUUAGAUAGAUCUAGGGCCUACUCAGCAAAGGUUUUUGCCACCAUGAGGAUCGUGCCAGGGAAAUAGAGAAGCCGAACGGGAUUAAGAACUGCUUCAGAUGGGCAUGGUUUGAGAGCAGCGUCAUCGUACAACUCGGAACACAGUCCGUAACCACGUGCCUGACAUAUUCGUAAAGUAGAUGUUGCGCGGAAGGUUUUGUGUAUUCUCUGUCAAGAUAUUAUCAGCUAUGGAGGUCGCGGCGCUAGGAACAUUAAGGAGCAUAUCAAAACAAAAAAUCACAAAGGUACGUUUUUACUUUUACAAGCAUGUGGGUUUAGAAAGUAACAUGAUGUUACAUGUAAGCUAAUGUGACGCUAUUGUCAUGAUAUCGUUAAAGAAUAAAUCUUCAAUGAUAUAUAUACACGUGUGUGUGUGUGUGUAUAUUUUUACAUAUAUACACACACAUACACGCGCGUGUGUGUGUGUAUACACACGACCCCCAGUCGGCCCCUCAGACCUCCGGCUACAUUUUAGUGUUUUUUCACAUUUGCCAUUCUCAUCCCUGAUAUAUACACGCGCACAUGCACACAUAAACAAGAAUACAGGUGAGGCAACUGCACUGCACUAGGAUAUCCCGUUUUACUUGAAGGCUAGUUAAUGCCACUUCUCCACCGCGCCGGGUCCUGAAUAUUCUCCAUGGCUCCGGAACCCGUUGUUUAUCAGUAUUGUUAUCCAUGUUUUUCUUAAGAUGUGCUUGUUGUGGAAGCGGGACGAGUGGCGCUCUUUAAUUUCAUCACAAAUCAUGGAUCAAAACAAGCCUUUUCCCCAACAUAUGUUCAUUUUAUUCGUUUCCAUAUAGCAGUUAGUGUCAGACAAAUAGUAGUAGACAAACAUACAGAAAAUGUCAUCCAUUUUUUAAAGUUGAAAAUGUACAAAUGUUUUGGAUUGUAAUCAUUAAAACCAAAAGUGGUUAUUUAAAAAGCA